UUCCCCUUGUGGAUGCACCGCCUGGCUGCUCUGCUCCUCCCCGGGCACAGAGACCGGGAGAGACCAGAGGAGCGGACUCCAGACGGGAUUUCAAAGAAGGUGCGAGAACCUGCUUCUGACCCGCUCUGGAGGUGGGGUUGGGGGUCGCUAAAAGAUGAAAGGCCGCCGGCGGCGACGCCGAGAACACUGCAAGUUCGCGCUGCUGUUGGUGCUGUACACGCUGGUGCUGCUGCUCAUCCCCUCGGUACUGGACGGCGGUCGCGACCAGGAUAAGGGCGUCGGGCACUGCCCCGGCCUGCAGCGCAGCCUGGGAGUAUGGAGUCUGGAGGCAGCGGCGGCUGGCGAACGUGAGCAAGGCGCUGAGGCGCAAUCUGCCGCAGAAGGGGGCGCAGACCAGUUCCCCAAGACCCCAGGCAACCUCAGCUCCGUCGGGGAGACAGUGGCCCAGGAGAAACAACACAUCUACGUGCACGCCACCUGGCGAACAGGCUCGUCCUUCCUGGGAGAGCUCUUUAACCAACACCCAGACGUUUUCUACUUGUACGAGCCCAUGUGGCAUUUGUGGCAGGCUCUCUAUCCGGGCGACGCUGAAAGCCUGCAGGGUGCUCUUCGAGACAUGCUGCGCUCGCUCUUCCGUUGUGACUUCUCAGUGCUGCAGCUGUAUGCACCUCCUGGGGACCCCGCCGCAAGAGCCACGGACACAGCCAAUCUCACUACAGCCGCCCUCUUCCGCUGGCGGACCAACAAGGUCAUUUGCUCGCCUCCGCUGUGCCCCGGAGCGACCCGAACCCGAGCCGAGGUCGGCCUCGUGGAGGACUCCGCCUGUGAACGCAGCUGCCCACCCGUGGCACUACGCGCCCUGGAGGCCGAGUGCCGCAAGUAUCCAGUGGUGGUCAUCAAGGAUGUGCGUCUGCUGGACCUGGGUGUGCUGGUGCCCCUGUUGCGUGACCCAGGUCUCAACUUGAAAGUGGUGCAACUUUUCCGCGACCCUCGGGCUGUGCACAACUCACGUCUCAAGUCCAGGCAGGGACUGCUGCGCGAGAGCAUCCAGGUGUUGCGCACCCGCCAGAAAGGCGACCAUUUUCACCGCGUGCUGCUAGCGCACGGCGUGGGCGCUCGUCCGGGGGGUCAGUCCCGCGCGCUGCCCGCCGCGCCGCGUGCAGAUUUCUUCCUGACUGGUGCUCUUGAGGUGAUCUGCGAGGCCUGGCUGCGCGACCUGCUUUUUGCACGCGGUGCUCCAUCCUGGCUAAGGCGGCGCUACCUGAGGCUGCGCUAUGAGGACCUGGUUAGGCAGCCUCGCACCCAGUUACGCCACCUGUUGCGCUUUGCCGGGCUGCGCGCGAUAGCCGCGCUUGAGGCUUUUGCUCUCAACAUGACUCGCGGAGCGGCUUAUGGCACCGAUCGGCCCUUCCACCUGUCGGCACGCGAUGCUCGUGAGGCAGUGCACGCCUGGCGCGAGCGCCUGAGCCGAGAACAGGUGCGCCAAGUGGAGGCCGCCUGUGCUCCAGCCAUGCGUCUGCUGGCCUACCCUAGCAGCGGAGAGGAGGGUGACGCGGAGUCACCCGGGGAAGAGGAAACCCCACUGGAGACUGAGGCUGUCGGGGCUACGUAGCCCCCGCCCUCGCCCCCGGAGCGGAUCCGGGUCAGUCACCAUGAACUGGGCCACUCAGCAUGCUGUCCCAGCACAGGAGUAGCAGCACUGUGAAGGCAAUCUAUCACACUGUCAGAGACUGGGACUUUGCUUGGUACCAACUGCUGUGCAAUUCUGCUGGGCAGGAAUAUCACAAGCUGUUAAAUAUCGAUGGACACACUGGUUGAGAUGAAGUUUCCAGGGAGGAAGUGACAGUGCAAUGUGGAUAUUUAUGGCCAUAAAAUAAGAAGAGCUUUAGUUCCCAGGCUGAACCUGCUUUUGCUGGAGCCAUUUCAACAAAACAUCACAACAAAGAAGAGAUGUGAUUUAGUUACAUUGCACAUCAGCAGAUGUCUGGACAAAAACAUCAAUGUGAAUAAGGGCCAAGUACAGUCCUGUCUGUCUUGAUUAAAUUACUUGAUAUUAAAUAAAAGGUCUGGGUGGUAUUGUUUUAAACCUGACUCAUCCAGCUCUCCUUCAAAUAGCCCCCUCCCCUGGGACCAAUUAUUAAAAAGUAAUUUUGCUCCCUGGGGUGGGAGAUC